AAAAAAAGCAAUCUUUUUUUCAAAUGGGUAACGGAAUCGGGAAGCUGACUAUAUGUUUCACCGGAGAAACUCGCCGGAACAAAAAGUCCGCGUUAUCAAUUCUCGAACCAGAUCCUUUAGACGAAGGUUUAGGUCAUUCUUUCUGUUACGUUAGACCCGACCCGACUCGAGUUUCAUCUUCAAAAGUUCACUCAGAAGAAGAAACGACGACGUUCCGUACAAUCUCCGGCGCUUCUGUUAGUGCUAACGCCGCCACACCACUCUCUACUUCUUUAUAUGAUCCUUACGGACAUAUCGAUAGAGCCGCCGCGUUCGAAAGCACGACGUCGUUUUCGUCGAUUCCUUUGCAACCGAUUCCGAGAAGUUCCGGUCCGAUUGUACCCGGUUCGGGUCCUUUAGAAAGAGGGUUUCUUUCCGGUCCGAUUGAAAGAGGUUUCAUGUCCGGUCCACUUGAUGGGUCUUCCGGUCCGAUUGAUGGUAAAACCGGUUCUGAUCAAUUUCAGCGAAGUUUCUCUCAUGGUUUAGCUAAUCUCCGGGUCGGGUCGAGAAAAGGAUCUUUAGUUCGGGUUCUCCGUCGUGCAAUUUCGAAGACGAUUACUAGAGGACAAAACUCUAUUGUUGCUCCGAUCAAAUCGGUUAAGGAACCCGAUUGGGUAUUUGGGUCGGAUAAAACCCGGAUCCACCAGAUCGAGAAUAACCUCACUGUUAAUAGCUUGAAUUUUAGUAGUGAAGGAAGUUUAUUAGACGACGACGUUUCGUUAGAAAGCCAGAAUCUUCAAUGGGCACAAGGUAAAGCCGGUGAGGAUCGUGUACAUGUAGUUGUAUCGGAAGAACAUGGAUGGCUAUUCGUUGGAAUCUACGAUGGAUUCAACGGUCCAGAUGCUCCGGAUUAUUUACUCUCUCAUUUAUAUCCAGCCGUUCAUCGUGAGCUUAAAGGAUUAUUAUGGGACGAUCCUAAAACAGAUGCAAAAUCUUCCGAUGAAGCUGAUGUAGAGAAUCGAAACUCGAGUUCUGAGAAAAAGUCAAAGAAUUGGGAAGAAAGUCAACGACGGUGGAGAUGUGAAUGGGAUCGAGAUCUUGACCGUUUACUGAAGGAUCGGAGUAAUGGGUCGGAUCUAGAUCCGGAUCCGAAUUCGUCUGAUGUAUUGAAAGCUUUGUCACAAGCCUUGAGGAAGACGGAAGAAGCUUAUUUGGAGAAUGCAGAUAUGAUGCUCGACGAAAAUCCUGAACUAGCUUUAAUGGGUUCUUGUGUUCUUGUUAUGUUGAUGAAAGGUGAAGAUGUUUAUUUGAUGAAUGUUGGUGAUAGUAGAGCUGUUCUUGGGCAAAAAGCUGAGAGUGAGUAUUGGAUUGGGAAGAUAAGACAAGAUUUGGAACGUAUCAAUGAAGAAACUAUGAAUGAUUUUGAUGGUUGUUGUGAUGGUGAAGGAGCUAGUUUGGUUCCGAAUUUAUCGGCUUUUCAGCUUACUGUUGAUCAUAGUACUAAUGUAGAAGAGGAAGUUGAUAGAAUUCGAAAGGAGCAUCCGGAUGAUGUGAGUGCGGUUUCGAAUGAACGGGUUAAAGGUUCGUUGAAGGUCACUAGAGCUUUCGGCGCGGGUUUCCUCAAGCAGCCUAAAUGGAAUAACGCGCUUCUUGAGAUGUUUCAAAUCGAUUACAAAGGGACGUCACCUUACAUCAACUGCUUGCCAUCACUUUACCAUCAUAGAUUAGGAUCUAAAGACCAGUUUCUGAUACUCUCCUCGGAUGGUCUUUACCAAUAUUUCACAAAUGAAGAAGCGGUUUCAGAGGUCGAACUCUUUAUCACAUUGCAGCCUGAAGGUGACCCGGCUCAGCACUUGGUUCAAGAGCUUCUUUUCCGUGCUGCCAAGAAAGCCGGUAUGGAUUUCCAUGAACUACUUGAGAUACCGCAAGGGGAACGGAGACGGUACCACGAUGAUGUUUCCAUUGUAGUAAUCUCUUUAGAAGGAAGAAUGUGGAAAUCUUGUGUAUAAACAAAAAUCAUAUAUAUGAACAUAGAGAAAACUUGAAGUGUUUCUGAGAUGAGUUCGAGUUUAAGUCUCGAACAAAAAGAAAAAGCUCGAUCUCACAUCGAAUCUAAAACCUCAGUAACUCGGGAAGACGAUGAUGUAAUAUAUGUUAAUAAAACAGUAAGAAAAAGUUUUGCCUCUG